AUGAAGCUGACAACCGCCCCCGCCCCCGGAAACCCCGCGCCCGCCUCCGCCCGCCCGCACGCCGGAAACCUCGCCGCAGGAAACCGCGGUCCCUACCACCCGCCCGCCCUACCGCCCGCCCGCAAAUCCUUCCGCGAACCGCCCUACCACCCGCUCCCACGCCGCAAUCCCACUGCGACCGCUGCGAACCGCCCUACCAGCCGCCGCAAUCCCGCCUCGUUUUCCUGCUACAGCUCCAACCUCCGCGAAAGGACCUCGGGGACGGUGUCGGGUCCGUACUACUGGGUGAAGUGCAAGCCUGCAGACGAGCCCAUACCAGUUAGUCAGCCGAACCAAGGGAGCGUGCGAGGGAGGAAGGAGAAGAAGCGGAUCAAGCAGCGCAAGGACUUUAUCAUGGCUGAGAAGAAGAAGCGCAGAGCUCUGUAUUCUGCUGCUGUUAAGAGAAAGGAGGCAGAACGAACAGAAAGGAAGAUGGCUGCUGUGGCAAGAGAGCGGGCAUGGGCAGCAAGGUUGAUAGAGCUAAAACAGCUUGAGGAAGAAAUUAAAGCUGUAAUGGCAUAAGGGCCUGCUCUAGAAAAUGGCAAGACGUCUAACCUGUUUCUGCUGCUCUAUUUUCUCCUCCUUUGUUCCUACAUAGUUUAAAUUGUCACAAUUCUUGUGAUGGAAUGGAAGACCAGUACCACUUCUUUCAACAGUAAUAUCAAAUGCUGGAACUGUUUUUUAAUACAGACUCUCAUUAGACCAUGUUUGGAGUUUGUUUACUUUUGAUGUAAUUUAGAAUAAGUGAUGCGAUGGUAUCUGUGUGCUUGACAUCUGA